AUGCAGGAGACGGCUGACGAGUGGCUGCGCCCCGCCGCGGCGCACGACCUCAAGGACCGCAAGAAGAGAAAGGAGGACCGCGAGCGCCUGUUCCUCGAGCGCGACCUCGAGCUCGAGGCCCUCGUGCCGCCGCGUGCCGAGACGGACGCCCUCGUCGAGGUCUACCUGAGCCAGUUUGAGCAGGUCCACCGCAUCGUCCACAUUCCCACCUUCCGCCGUGAGUACGCCCGCUUCUGGGAGAACGCGGCCGACGAGAGCCGCCAUGCCGCCUUCACCGCCAUGCUGCUCGCCAUGAUCGCCAUCGCCAACUGCCUCCACACCCACGACAGGCCGCGCUUCACCGGCAUGCUCUCCAACGCCCACAACACGGCCCACAAGUGGAUCGAGGUCGUCGAGCGCUGGCAGGCGCGCCAGAGCAUGAAGCACCGCCGCCUCAUCCACUACCAGAUCGCCUGCCUCCUCUACCUCGGCAAGCGCAUCAACACGGUCAAGAAGAAGCGCUUCUGGACCAACUCGGGCGCCCUCAUCCAGGACGGCAUCUCGGUCGGCCUGCACCGCGACCCCGGCCACAUGGGCGGCCGCAUCUCGCUCUACAACCAGGAGAUGCGCGCCGCAUCUGGGCCACCCCAGCUGCACUACGACGUCGGCGCGCCGCGGAACCUCGACGACGAGGACUUUGACGAGGAGACGACCCAGCUGCCGCCGUCCAAGCCCGCCAAGGACUACACCUACUCGUCCUACCAGAACCUCGCCCGCCAGAGCCUGCCGCUGCGCAUGGAGCUCAGCCGCCUCCUCUGCGGCCCGCCCGGCGACCUCGACUACGAGCAGGUCAUCCGCUUCACCAACGACAUCACGCGCGAGAUCGACUCGCUGCCGUCGUGGGAGACGGACGGCGCCAACAGCCAGAACGGCAAGCGGCCCCUGCUCGCCUACACGCUCCUCCACAUUCAGCUGCGCCAGUACAUCAUCCCCCUGCACCAGCGCUUCAUCAAGCUCCGCAAGGCCAACCCCAAGUACCAGUACUCGGAGAUCAUCUACUACAACGCCGCCCGCGACAUCGUCCUCCUCCACGACAAGCUCUACGACCAGGGCGUGCGCUGCCUCAACUUCUUGCGCGAGGACGCCCUCACGACGGCGGUCAACCUCUGCAAGGUCACCAUGCUGCAGCCCCGCGGCUCGACGCACAUGAUCAUGAUCAACUCGGCCCACACGGUCAAGCUGCUCGAGCGCUGCCUCGUCAUGAAGGAAGACCGCCUCAUGCGGUGCGGCAACAACGAGCCCUGGGGCUACUCCAUCAUGUGCGCCGCCCUCGGCCUGCUCGAGGUCCAUCUCACCAUCAAGACGGCCGAGCAAGCCAAGGCCGCGUCGGCCGAGCGUUUCGUCAACCUGCACUACAAGCUCCUCUCAUAUCAGGACCCGCCCAUGUCCUCCACAUCCUCGGCAUCGGCGUCGGCCGCCGCCUCAGCAAACGAGGCAGCGCGGCUGCCGGGCCUCGAAGUGCCCGAGCGGGCCAAGUCCGUCACGCCCUUCUCAUUCCCCGGUUCCCGGCCUCGCAGGCAGCGCGCUGGUCUCGCGGAGGCCCUGCCGCCAUGCCCAUGA